AUGCCCAACCAAGCCCGGUUUCGUGCUGGACGUGGAUGCGUGGACCAGAUAUUCACACUGAAGCGCAUGCCCGAAUUUCGCCAUAGCUACCAACAACCGACGGCCGUCUGCUUCAUUGACUUUGCCGCCACGUUCGAUUCUGUCCAUCGUGAGUCCCUGUGGCGGAUAAUGGCGCUGGAUGGCAUACCGACAAAAUUCAUCACCAUGAUCAAGGCCUAUUAUCGCGCCACUGCUAUGAGAGUCCUGGUCCGAAGCAAUUCUUCCCAACCGUUUGGUAUUCGGUCUGGCGUUCGACAAAGUUGUGUCCUGUCGCCCAUUCUGUUCAACUACGCUGUUGACUGGAUUCUCGGGAGUGUCCUACACGAAGGUGAUGGUGUUGAGUUUGCACGCGGACACCGACUGACUGAUCUCGACUAUGCCGAUGAUAUCGCCGUACUUGUUUCAAGUUUUAGUGAUCUGCAGUCUAUGGUGUCACGGGUGAACUAG